AUGAAGAUGAAUUUUGUAAGAACAAGGUGCCGUGACCCUUCGGGGGAGUCUCUGAGGCGCCUGGGCCUGUCAUUCCGAGACAGGCAACGGUCAGAUCCUCGGGGCACGACUCCACACGAUAGUUUGACGUUGAACACUUCGGGAAAACGCCACCAAGCGAUGCCCGGGGCGACGAACAUCAAUCAAACGUCUCCGCGCAUUGUG